UUGCGCGGGAGAAAGUUUGAAUGUGAGGUUAAGUGAGUUUGCAAACUUUCAUAGUUAGAAAAUUGGUUGUUUUGCACCAUGGAUUUCACGAGUUAUCGCCGCUCGGCCCGAAAGACCGCCCCCGAGGAGCCCCUAGCGGCGCUGUACCCCCACGACGUGAAUAUGUACCGAAUAAGUCCAAAAAACGAAAUAUCCAUCUUCGAAUUUGAGGAAAUCGCCCUUGGUCGUCUCAAAUUGCUUCGAAUUAUUGAACAAGCGGCCCCCAAAGGCAACAAAUUGUACAGCGACCAGUGGAAAACAUGCAUAAAGGAUGACUUAACCAAAGCGGGGCUAAAAAAGUACGUGCGGUUGAUGGGGGGCACAAGUGGCACCUCCGACUUGGAUUACCAAGCACGCAGGGCUGAUUACAUCUCGCAUUUCAUCCUGCGACUCGCGUACUGUCGCUCUGAGCAAUUGCGACGCUGGUUUCUGAGUCGCGAACUUGAAUGGUUUUGGAUCCGGUUCACGGCUCAGUCGCGCGAAGGAGUGAGGAAUUUUCUGCGAAUUUUCAAAUUUUCCCAUUCCCCGAUCUCAGAGGACGAGAAAAAUUCGCUAAGACAUGAGCUGGAGGCGUCAACUAUGGGGCUGCAUGUCUUUGACACGACUGAAUUUUAUAAAGUGCCCUUCACUGAGGUUUGUUCUUUGGUCAAAGGCAGGAAAGUCUUCAUCAAAGCCGGCUUUGCUUACAUCCCCUCAAGCGAGUUGGUGGUUUGCAUUCAGUCAAAAUUCAGGGCUGAAUUAAGCGAAGAGUUAACUUGGUACAGCCACCGAGUUCACCUCUUUGACGACGAGAGAAUAGCCCCCUUGUUGGCCAACUUCCACAACAUCCACACUGGCCAAAGUUACACAAUCCGGCAAAAUCAAGAAAGUGUGGAUCCCGCAAAUCUGGAUGUUUACUCGAAAAAACACUUCCCCCCUUGCAUGAAACACCUGCAUGAGGUGUUAAGGGCUGAGCACCACCAUAAGCACAAGGCGCGUCUCACUUACGGCCUUUUCUUGAAAGCCAUCGGACUGUUGUAUGAAGAUGCGUUGAAGUUUUGGAGAGACGAGUUUACGAGGAAAAUGGACUUGAACCAGUUUGAGAAGAAUUACGUUUACAAUAUCAAACAUAUGUACGGUUUGGUGGGGAAAAGGGUCAGUUACUCGCCCUACAGUUGUAUUAAAAUCAUUACGAGUAGUGUGGGGCCGGGGGAGCACCACGGAUGCCCCUUUAAGCAUUGGGAUGCCGGUCUUGUCAAGCAAAAAGCCAUAGAAUGUGGAGUUAGUCUCGAAGGUGCAAAUGAGAUUAAGGAGCUUGCAACUAAUGGUCAUUACCAACUAGCUUGUGGGAAAUAUUUUGAAUAUACUCAUGGAAAAGCCCCGGAAAGUGGGAUUAAUCACCCCAAUCAGUAUUUUGAAGAGAGCAUGAAGAUUGAAAAGGAAGCUUCAGGAAAUAAGAAAUAAAAUCUAGCUUUACGUUUAAAUUAUUUUAUGUUUGUUGAAUUAAAAUAGGUGCUUUUUUAUUUUCUUAUUGAUUUUGACCAACAAGUGAUACUUUUUGAGUAGGUAACUAAUUUUCCCCACGAGACUUACAGUUUUCGAAAAAAAACGCGUUCAAAAUUUUGAAAAAUCUAAUUUUUGACUAUUUCAA